AUGGAUCAGAGGAUGUCUCAACAGGUACAGCGUGCUCUGCAGGUUCCGCUCUACAGAAGGGUUCGCAGGGUCGAGGCCCGAGACUAUAUUGAGACAUUCGAGAGGACGGACCGUGGUGGAGGGACUUGGGCUUGGGGAUCAAUUUGCUUCUCCAAAGAUAGGCUGGUGGAGAGAUACUUCAUGGCGGUGGGGAAGAUGCAUGAGCCACAGUUCUCACAGUACAUGAUGCAACUCGCCGGGGUCUCCUACUUGAUGGCCACCGUUGAGGACAUCUUCGGCGAGCAUCAGUUGGAUCUUCAAGCGGCAGACCAGCUGCCACAGUCACUGAGGGUCUUCUAUGCGGCUGUCUACAACACAACCAACCAGAUUAGCUACACUGUUCUUAGGAGGCAUGGCCGUGAUAUCACUUCACACAUGAGGAGAGUGUGGGUGGGUGUGUGCAGAGCUUACUUGGUUGAAGCAAGGUGGCACUGUGCCCGACAGACACCAGGCUAG